UCAGUCAAAACCAUAUUUAAUUAGCUGUAAUUGGUUGAUAAUUACCGUAUGGUCUUAAUUAAUUAAAUGCAUUGAAUCGUGAUUAAGUCCAAUCAGUAAAUUCGCCAUUCAAUCAUUCACUGCGGCAGGUCUUGACGUCAUAGUAAACAUUGAUUGUUGUAAUGUACUUUCGAUUUUAUUUACUCACAUUUUUUCUCUUGGUAAUAGAAGAAAAGGUUGUUUAUUCAAAAGAUGGGUUAAAUUACAGGGAAGCCAUGGAAUACGUACGGGAUGAUGAUACUGAGGGCGAAAUCGAAACAUUAAGCCAAGAAUUCGCCAGAAUACAGAAAAACUAUGCAAUAUUGCAUCCCGACAAAUAUAAUGAUUAUAAAGAGCUAAACACCAGAACAAUACAACAUUAUAUAAGAAUGAUACCGCAUAUUGGUGAAAGAUACAAGAAACGAGCUGCUGAGAAAGAACAUCUCGACUCUUUCAUAGAGGUUAUGAAGUCAAUAAAAGAUCCAAGUUUAUUUCCACAAUUUCAAGAACUGCAAGCCAAAAUCAGACAAUUAAAUGCGAAAUCACAUCGUACUCAUCGUAGCAAAUAGACGAAACAAAUUAUUUGUAAAAACUAUAA